AUGAGAUUGGUAGUUCCCGAAACGCUACAAUCAGACGUCUUACACCACUAUCACACCACGUUGGAAGGAGGACACCGGGGAGUGGGGCGAACCUACCAGCGGAUCAGGGAUCACUUCCACUGGAGGGGAUUAUACCGGAGUGUCCAGCGAUAUGUGGGAGAGUGUGUGGAUUGCGAAACAGACAAAGGAAAACCGGUGAUCCGGGGCGAAUCACCAGGGAACUUGCAGGCGACGUACCCGUUCCAGAUCAUUGUGAUGGAUCACAUACCGUCGCUACCCAGAUCCCACAAGGGAAACACAGAGUUAUUGAUCUGGGUAGAUCUGUUCACAGGAUAUGUGAUCGCGAAAGCAAGCUCGUCCCGAUCGGCCCAGACGGUGGCGGAAUCGUACGAAGAGUGCGUAUUUCGGCGAUUUGGUGCCAGUGAGAUGAUCCGGCAUGAUCGGAAACCCAGUUUCAUGUCCGACUUCUUCCGGGCGUUUAAUAAGAUCCUGGGACAGCGGCAGCGUGCUACGAUGGCAUAUCGACCACAGGCUAACGGGACUACUGAGAGAAUGGUGCAGACCGCGACCAGGGCCCUCAAGAUGUACGUCCGCGAUCUCGAUCAGAAGGAUUGGGACAAAUACGCUGAGCGCCUUACUUUCGCGAUCAACACGGCUCACGAUCGGAUCCGGGGAGAUACUCCUCACUAUUUGGUGCAUGGGUGGGAUCCGAGAUCGACCUUGGAGGCUACACUGCCGGUCGGAUACGGCGCGAUUGAGACGCGCGGCGGUGGCGAUAUCGAGUCCAGCGAUAUUAUCAGCGAUCCCGAGAACAAGUCAAUGCCAGAUUGA